AUGAGUGAUGAAGAACCAGAAUUUCAAUUAUUGAGUGAUAAAGAACCAGAAUUUCAAUUGUUGAGUGAUGAAGAACCAGAAUUUCAAUUAUUGAUUGAUGGAGAACAAGUGCUUCAAGAAUUAAGUGACAAAGAACAAGAA